UUUUUACCCGAUUCCAUCCGAAUAUUAAUCAAAAAAUGGCUCAAAACACCGAACAACAUGUUCCUGUCGAACGACAAGCCGUCAAACAGUACGAGUUUCAUUUACGUGACAAGGCUUGCGAUGGUCUCUAUUUGCAGCCGGAUUUGGCGGAUGUCAACUUUUUGUUUUACGAAGAAAACGUGACCGAUGCUACUGCGAAAAAAUUAAUCGAAAAAAUGCCAGCUCACAAGUUGAUUUUGGCCUCGGCAAGCUGUGUAUUCCGUGCCGAGUUCUACGGUUCAAUUAAGGAAAAAGGUGACGUGGAAAUCGUCGAUUCAUCGCCAAAGGCGUUCAAAGAAUUUUUGCAGUGUUUUUACCUCGGUACUGUUACAUUCACAAUGGAGCACAUCCCCGAAAUCAUGUAUUUGGCCAAUAAAUACAUGGUCGCCGAUUGCAUGGAUGGAUGUGUCAAACAUCUGCAUGACAAUUUAACAUCGACCAACGUUUGCUGGGUGUAUGACUUGGCCAUACUUCACGAACACCAACAGUUGAAGAAAUUUUGUGAAGAACAAAUCGUUUUGAAUGCUGAACGAGUGCUAGAAUCAGAUGGAUUCCUCGCUUGCAGCCAAAAAUUGUUGCGUGAAAUUCUGAAAUUGGACUUUCAUUGUAAAGAAUCAAUCGUAUUCGAUCGCUGUUUGGCUUGGGCAAAGAAUGCAUGCCAACAAAAUCGCUUGGACAAAAAUGAUGGAUUGAAUUUGCGGAGCCAACUGGGUGAUUGUUUGUUCUUGAUUCGAUUCGGAACAAUGACAAUUCAGGAAUUUUCGGAAGCCACACUCAAGUGUGAAGGUAUGUUUACAGCUGACGAAUUGUGCGAUAUAAUGCGUUCCAUAUCGUUGAAAGGACUCGUUUCGAAGAAAUUUAAUCAAAAUCCUCGCCAAAGACUUUGCUGGGAUGAAAGCAAAGUUUGGGAGUGUUUGCCAAAUACAGCCAAUUCUGAAUGGCAACAACUCCAAGGCCGUGAAAGUGUUUUCAUUACAUCGAACAAGAUGACGUUGCUUGGUGGAGUAUAUUUUACCAACGUUUAUGAGGAUUAUAACGUUGUCAAAACAUUGAAUACCAAAGUUAGCAUUGUAGAAAUAAAAGGCCAUUCAUUUGCUACCGAAACUGGAACCAUUAUAUUUGAAGAGACGAAGAACAUUUAUCACAACCGAAGUAAUUACAUGAAGCUACCGAUACCAAUCGUUAUCAAUGCGGGCAACACAUACCAAAUUUGCUUAGAAUUUCCAAAAUACUUCGCAGGGCUCUACUUUGACGGAUACAGUCUUGGCGAAGUAACAUCAGAGAAGGGUCUAAGCAUUACAUUCCAAAAUGAUAGCCAUUUAAUUGAAGGCUUGGACCUAAUCGACUAUUAG